AUGGCGAGCGACGAAUAUGAUUUCUUGUUCAAAGUUGUCCUCAUCGGUGAUUCGGGAGUCGGUAAAUCUAACCUUCUCAGCCGUUUCACUCGAAAUGAGUUCAACAUGGACUCCAAGUCCACCAUCGGUGUCGAAUUCGCCACACGAUCCAUUCAAGUCGACUCGAAAACCAUUAAGGCACAGAUCUGGGAUACAGCUGGUCAGGAACGCUACCGUGCUAUUACCUCGGCUUACUACCGUGGCGCUGUAGGCGCCCUUCUAGUCUACGACAUCUCCAAACAUAUCACCUAUGAGAAUGUCACCAGAUGGUUGAAGGAGCUCAGAGAUCAUGCCGAUUCAAACAUUGUCAUCAUGCUUGUCGGGAACAAGAGCGAUUUGAGACACCUUCGAGCUGUUACUACUGAUGAAGCCAAGGCAUUUGCUGCUGAAAAUCACUUAUCGUUCAUCGAAACAUCUGCUCUCGACGCUUCGAACGUCGAGCUUGCAUUCCAGAAUAUCCUGACAGAAAUCUACCGAAUCGUCUCUAGUAAAGUGCUGCCGGAGAACGAACACGGCGGCUCCAUCCCGGACCGCGGCAUUCCUCUGUCCGACCAGCCGAAGAAUGACCAAGGUGGUGGCAAGUGCUGCUGA